AUGGCCAGCACACAGGCCCCGCUCCUGGCUGCUCUCAUGCUCCUGGCUGUGGUGCUUCAAGCAACGGAGGCAGGUCCCUAUGGCGCGAACGUCGAGGACAGCGUGUGCUGCCAUGACUACAUGCGCCGGCCCCUGGCCCCGCGCGUGGUCAAGUAUUUCUACUGGACUUCGGACUCCUGCCGGAGGCCUGGUGUGGUCUUGGUGACCCUCAAAGACCUGGAGAUCUGUGCCGACCCCAGACUGCCCUGGGUGAAGAAGAUUCUCCGGAAGCUGGAACAAUGA